GGCAACAAGGAAAUGGAGGUUGGUAAAGAAGCUUCUACCACAGUUCACUUAGACGACGACAAACCCGCACUAGAAGGUCAGUUUGUGGGAGCCACGUUAGAACUUAAUGCAGCCGAGGCUCAGAAAGCCCCUGACAAGGAGCCUGAGGUGGGGUUUGAGGGCCCUGGGAGUUUCGACCGAGCCCGGCCAGGAAGCGUCAUUGGUCGCCAGUCGGUGGCGUCUACAACUAGUCGAACGUCGAUGAGACCUGGGGUUGUCAGGACCGACGUCGCUGCCAAGACGUAUUUUAGCUACAAGGACACAGCGUUUGAAGCUGCAGUGGAGAAAUGCCGGAUGCACAUCAAGCCAGAGCUGGAUGGAAAUCUUACUGGGGCGUGGCUUCUUACAGAGAUUGACCACUGGGACCUGGAGCACGAGAAGAUUUGCAUGCUGACGGAGAACUCCCUGAUCGUGUGUAAGUACAACUUCAUCAACCAGAGCGUCAUCGAGUACAAGCGCAUCAUGCUGCACUGCGUCGACACCAUCGUCAUCGGCGACUUCAAGUACCCAGAUUACUCGGUCAUGCCUGAUCGGGAACACGGCGGAAUACAGCUGCGCUGGAACCGAGGUCAGGACUUGUCGUUCGGCCAGAAGUGGAACCCGUUCUCGACUGACAUCCCGUACGCCACAUUCUGCCACCACCCGCUCAUCUACAACCCGAAAGAGAAUGAGACGAUCACGUACAACGUGGACGAUUUCUUCGAGUCGCUCGUCCAGGCCACGAGCAAGUGCUACGACGUGAAGCGGCCCGGGGAGAAGAUCACGAUCAUCGAGGGCCCGAUCGUCAUUGAGAGCUACGCCAGCGUCACAUCCAUGAUAUACAAUCAGAGUGGGAUUGGCUUUUUCCGAGACAGGAAUGGCGUCAGUUUUUGAUCUGCUGUGAUGCUGUGAGAACAUAAUGUUAAGUUUAUUAAAAAGGAAACAAAAAGCAAAAAAAAACCAAGAACAAUAUACAAUGAAACCCCUCUAAACUGGACACCCUUGGUACCAAGACAAAUGUCCGGUUUUAGGAGGGAUCCGGUUUAGAGAGGCUAAGUUCUGUACUGGAUUUUAAAUAGGGACUCAGUAAAACGUCUGGUUUUGGGGGAAUUCCAGUUUAUGAGGGUCUGGUUUUGAGAGAUUUCACUGUAGUUUACGAAGAUUAAGGUCACAAAAUACAUUUUCGAUUUAGCCAACACAGAGUUGGGGAGGGGGAAAGCGUAGAAGGAUUUGCCAAACAUACCACUGACGUCAGAUUUUUUUUUUUUAAAGAGUUUGUUUGACAUCCAGUAGCUGAUGAUUAAUAAAUCAAUGUGCUCUAGUGGUGUCGUUAAACCAAACAAACAAACUCAUACCUCUCUGUUUUUCUGAAGCUCGUGACGAAAUGUUUAUUUUUCUUGGGAUAUAAAUUUGGUAAUACAUAAAGGUAACUGGUAACUCACUUAUUAUCCUCUAGUUAUUACUCCAGUGCUCAUAACGGCUGAAAUAAACAUCGUAAUUCGUCCUUGAGAACAUAUUAUACUUGCAAUAUUAUUGGACAAUUUGACCCUUAAAAACUAAUGACCUUGUUGGUUCCAAAUAUUAUGACGAUUUACCAAACAAAAUGAUGUUACAUAGUUUAUGGAUUUCUGUUUUCAUUGUUAAAUUUGUACAAGGCUGUUACAGAAACAGAUAGCUGGAGUAAUAAAUCGAAUAAAUAGCUUGGUACCAGUUGGUAAUUUUCAUUUGACAACUGAAAAUCAUAUACUCGGGACAUAAAUUUGAUAAUAACUGGUAACUCGUUUGUUAUCCUCGAUUUAUGAUUGAAUUAUGGGUAUAUAGUCAAAUAUAAAAAGUACACUAGCUCUAACUGUGGGCAAAACUGCUUAUGGUACUAAGUGUUAGUUAAAAAAGAAACAUACUGACCUGAUAUUUUUCAUGUCAUUAAUAAUCUGUGUGACACUGCCUUUAGUAGGCCAACUGAUGUGUGACCACACCUUUAGCACAUUGACUCUGCUAUGUUUUUUGGCAGCUGCUUAACACAACAUGACACUUGACACGCUUAUAACAUUACCGUACCUGCAAAAUAUAACAUGACCAAAUAUUAAACGGAGUGAAAUAUAUGAUGUUGCUUUAAAUUUUGGUGAUUGUAUUUUGAAUACUAAAUAUUUUUUUAGAUCAAUAACUGUUUAGCAAUUUCAUUUUGUACAUUACCCGGUACUAUUAUACAGAAACAUCGUACGAAAAGUUGUGAAUUAAAAUCAUUUUAUAUUUCCUGUAUAUUGUACAUAAUGUACAGCCUUCUGUGUUAUUAACUCAUUUAGGGAGAGAUUAGUUUGUUUGUUUGUUUUUUCUUGAAUAGUGAUUAAGACAGUGAAUUUACAUAGAUGAUUGUAUGAUUUCUGUGGUCAGGCCAAAGUGAUGUUGAAAUAUUUCUUCAUCUUGUCACUGAUAUUCCUCCCUCUUUCUCUCUCUGUCCAUACAUCCACUCUUGCCCUUCCUACAUGCACCCCCUCUUUAUCUCCAUCUCUCUGUGUGUCUCUCUUUCUCUGUCUCUCUUCCCCCCCCCCUCUCUCUCUCUCUCUCUCUCUCUCUUCUCUCUCUCUCUCUCUCUCUCUCUCUCUCUCUCUCUCUUUCUCUCUCUCUCUCUCUCUCUCUCUCUCUCUACCCCCUACAUUUAUUUCUAAUAACAACGUAUCCUUUGUAAGCAGAUAGACUUUACUAACAUAUUGUAUUGGAUAUAUUUCUAUAAGUGUCUUUUAUAUGUGGCUGGUUCAGAGUCUGUUUAUUCUGCCUUUGUUGGUACUCUUUGAAAAGACUGGGUAGCUCAAAUAUAAAUGAAAACUUGUGUUGUCUGUUAAGACAGUGACUGAUUUGUCAUUUGAAUGUAUUCACAGGGAUUUUCAGAAUCGAUCAAAUGGGGUGGACGAGUGAAGGGGUGAUGGUAAUUUUGCCACUCAAAAAAUCAAAUAAAAAGUAUGACUUGAAUGUGCCACUCGUAACUGAUAUUAAAUGAUUAUGGAGCCUUGCACCCACUCCAUUUGAUCACUUCUGGAUCUGCCCUUAAGUGUACUUACAAUAUUUAUAAUAUCAAAUCACAUGUAUAUUGUCCAUAUUUGAUUUAGUGUACAUAUAAUUUUAAAUUAAUAGUUGUUAAUUUAAAAUCCAAUUCUGUUAAAAAAAAAGAAGUUUUUAUUGAUCAUUGGUAUAUUUAUAAUCGCAUUUAAAAUUUAAAAUGCCUUCAAACCGUUGGUGUGUGUUUGAAUUGUUUUUUUUAUUUGUUAUGUAAGUGUGUACAUUUAUUUAAAUCCAUUUGGCAUGAAUAUAAAUUAAGCAAAAUGAAAAGAAUAGCGGGUAAUAGAGUUUUGUGGUGUGUGCUAUCCAGCUUAGAAAUUAUGUAAUGAAUAAAUAUGCAUAUUUAUCACAUCAAUUACAUAAUGCUGUUGUGAAUAAAUAUAUUUUGGUGGUAAAACAAAAUGUGUGUUCCCAGGAAACCAACCCUACCUAUUUUUUAUUUUUUUAAGCUGACCUGCCCAACAAAAAUAUUUUUUGUACGUUCCCAGAAACACACAAUUUAGUUUUCAGGCCAAUGUAGCAUAAUGGUUUUGUUUAUUAUAUAAUGCACUAACCAUGACUUUGACAGUCUUUGUCUUUAUAAAAGUUAUUUUUAAAAAUAACUGAUUUAUAUCCAUUUGUUCUAAAGAGAGAUAACUCCAUCAAGCUAUCUUGGAUCUCUUAUUAUGUGCCUUCAGAAAGAUAAUUCAAAUGUUCUUUUUAAAGGAAGUAUAAUUUCGUAUCAAACUGUAAUACAUGUAUUACGGAAAUAUUUUCUUUUAUUCAAUAUGUCCUCAGUUAUAAACAUUUUACUUUGUUCCAAAGAUAAUAACAGGGCUCGAAACAGCCUGUAGCCAGGUCACCAAAUGCGACCAAUGUCCUGUUUGGGCGAUAAAUAUACAAAAUUAAUGGCUAUAACAUAUGAGACAAUAUUAAUAUUUGUAUUGCAUAUAUUUAUUCCACAUUAAAAUCUUGCUCAUGCUUCACGGUUCGCUUACCAAAAUUUGUCAACAUCCAUUAUUAUUUUUUGGGCUACUAUAUUUUUUGGCGUGUUUCGAGCCCUGAUAAUUGCUUCAUAAUUUCAUUAGAUUUAAAUUAUUUUCAUGUGUUCCUAUGUUAAUAUUUAUUUUCCCUGAAGUUGUGGUGUUUUUUCCAUUAUUUUUCUCUUCUGAAGGCAACAUUCAAACUGAAACAUACUUUAUUUAUAACCAAGCAUUACAGUAAAUAAUAAAUAAAUAAUUAUAUUAAAUUGGGAAAUGGAGGAGGAAGCAUCAGUGUUCCCUGUCUAAAAAUAUUUACAUUAAUAAAAAAUAUUUUGGUCAAUAUCCUACUGAAAGUUUGAGAAAACUGACAGUGCAGUUACAUACAUUAGUACUGAUUUAAUAAACAGUUGUGUUUCCUUAUUUCCACAACCUUAUUUGUGAAAUAACCUCCGUAUGCACUUGUACCAUACAUCACUGUGAUGAUAUUUGUGUGAAUUCUAAUAGCUAAUUUCUUGAUUGUUUUAAAACAAAUAUGGUGCAAUUUUCUUUGGCAACGGGUCCCUCAAAAUUUACUGAAUGUUAUAGUUUCUGUUAUUUGCACAUAACUUUAUACUUUGAUCAUAGGUGUUUCAAUGCACAUGUACAAUGAGUUUUUAUAAUAAAUUAUUAUCAUGUUAUGAUUGUGAUUAAUGAUUAUUUCUCUAUCAAGAUGCGACAUUUAAUAUCUGUAUAUUUAAUAGAGCUGAGCGGUAUUACAAUUCCAGGUUUGGUAUUUGGUAUUAACACAAUUUUAUACUGAUAUCGAGUGGUAUUAUCUGUAUUCUCGGCUUUAAAUGCAUGCCCGAGUUAAGGCUCACCCGCUAAUUUCAUACUUUCCAUUAACACAAAGUGUAUGUACAAUUGUUUUGUGUCGAUUCCGAGGAAGAGCAAUGUCCAUACAGCUCUUCUUUUCAGCCAUUUUGCAUUCAUCAGAUAUAUUAUUAGUGCUUUGCUAAAUGGCGAAAAACUUUUUUCAAUACCGAAAUUUCAGUAUUUUGAUAUUUACUCGGUACAGUAAAUCAGUAUUAACAUAAUACCGAUACCGAAUGGUAUAUAUCGUAUACCACCCAGAUUUAAUAUUUAAAUGGUCUGUCCCAAGUUUGUUACCAUUGUUACAAUGUUGCCAACUAACAGAGACAUUUUAAUGACCCAAAUUACUUAGUAAAUAAAUCAUUAUUGCAUCAGAGUCUGUAUAUUAAAUGUGUUUUCGAUUA